GAAAUUUUCUUCGAUGAGCCUUUAGAUGAUGACGAGAAGGCACUACGCUUCAGAAAGACUUGAAUCAACUCUGUCAAGGACCUAGCUGCUGUUUGGUCUUGCAGAGAGUCAAUGGACCUAAAGAAUCCAAGAUCAAGAUCGAUUGGCAUGAUCCCAAUCAUGUCAACCCCUACUCCUACGCCGACGACAACAAUGUUCCCAGGCUCGAUAACAACACCUGGGGGAGUAUUCGCACCAUACCAGUCAGCUUGGGCACAAUUUGCUGCUGACCCGGCAAAUGCUCAGGCUCUACAGGGCUAUCAACAGGUGAUGGCCAUGAUGCAACAGGCAGGGGGCUUCAUGCCAUUUGCCUAUCCUGGCAUGACGUCACUAAUUAUGCCACCCCCGGUGUCGACUCCAUCAACAGUCGUUCCAAGGAUGGUCCCUGUGCAUCCGGUGAAUUUGACGGGGACCAUGAAUGAGGCAGCUCCCUCAAAUGUCCAUGAAUUUGACGAGGCGGAACAGGAGGCAGCCCGCAGAGGGAAGGGUAAGGCUAUAGCCAAACCCAGCAAGACCCGAGAUUCGGCGUUCAAACGCCUAGGGGACAAAGAGGAUGGACCCCGCAAGUCUGCCAAGCUACGUCUUGGUCCUGAGAUGGGCCGGACUAGCGCAAUGGAAAGACUUGGCGGGAGUCGUCCUGCCCCAUCUCGUCAUUUUAGGGAAUCUGAGACGAUUCACCUAGAUGAGGAGGAAGCUGAAAGCCAGCCCAAAGCAUCGGCGUAUAUUAGGCUCUCAUACGAUGAGGAUGACCUGGACAAGAUGGGGAGCAUAGUGAGAAAGCUACGUGCCUUGGGGGAAAGGGUAGAAGAGAAGGAGGGAGCGAAGAAGCACACCCUGGCCAAAUCACCCUUUUCAGCCAGGGUACAUACACAAAACUUGAGGCGGAAGGUCAAGCUGGACGUGGAGAAAUUCACUAGAAAGGAGGAUCCAAAUGUCCACCUUGACACCUUCCAUGAUGCAGCGCAAAUGGCCGGGUUUACUAAUGCUGAAGAAUGCCUACUCUUCUUCUCAUCCUUGAGAGGGAGGCCAGUGGAAUGGUUUAACAGCCUUCCACAUGGUAAGAUCGGGUCCUUUGAAAAACUUGCUGAGAUUUUUCGCAAGAAGUACGAGGACAACUGCAUCAAAAGGAAGAAGUUCACCUACCUUAACACGGUAGGGUAGAGGGAGAACGAGUCCUUGACUCAGUUCUUAACUCGCUGGAGGGACGAGGUCGACAAAGUAGAAGAGAUGGACGACAAGACGGCCAUUUCUUUGCUGAUGAAUGCCUUUCGGUCGGGUGACCUCUACACUGAAUUUUG